AUGGACUCCAACACUGCCACUGUUGAAGGCAUGCUGAACUGUUUACCAGACAUGAAAAGCGUGUUCCUUGAAAAUUUCAAGCCUGUUCAAGACAAGCUGGCUUCGAUACUUCAGCACUCUCAGUCACAUUUCAAGGCACUGGCGGGGCGAGAGAGCUUUGCUGGAUUUCUGAACGUUCCCCUCAUAAGCGACGCCCUAGUGAAGACAAUCGAAGUGAUGUUUGAGGCACCAACACCUUGUGUGCUUCAGCUACAGAACGACGAAGCCAGUGCCAAUAUUACGUGGUUGGACGUUGUCAAGGAAAAGAAUUAUCAGGCCGAAUAUAAAGGGAAUGGGAACUACCAUUUCCAUAUGCGGGACUGGGGCGUGAUUAUCGAGUUGUCUGCUUUCCAACACAACAUGAUUCUUUCAGGAUUACCCCGAAAGCUUGUUCAACCAUGGUCCUACGAACAAGACGUGCAGACAGAACUAAGCACAUUGGCACUGGCAGCUGAAAUGACAUCACGGGUGAGCCAUCUUGCGUCGGAAGUGAUCAAAGUCAAUAACGCUGUGCUUGAAGAAAUACUGAGAAGAGAUCGAGUACUCCGCCACAAUCCGAGUCAGAGGUCAGCGGGCUCUCCCUUUCCCAUGGAAUCAGCCGAAGAGCCGGCACAAUGUACGCCAGCGCAGGUUGAAGCAUAUUCGUUCGAUGAGAUGCCUAUCGAGACUCUGGAAACAGACGUGCAAGCUAGUGGCUCAAAAAAUGGUACUAGAACGCGGAACUAUCCCAAGAACAGGGCUUGGCCUGCAGAAAUAUUGAAGCAGCUUCCUCUAUGGUUCGAAGACCAAGUACGCAGGUAUCUAACGCAGGAAGGGAUUGCCCGAAACUUUGACCGAAAAUUCAACCAAAAGCGGACCUUCCACGCUAUUGAGGCAAAAGUGUAUUUCUUAACGGGCAAAAGUCCUUUUCGGAAGCGCAACAAGAGGACUUUGCGCACAGAACCUGUGUCUUUAACACCUCGCUCCUCACCGCAUUUCCAACCGCUCGAAUUGGUGGAAUCCACCCAGCAAUUCAUCACGAGGUCGAACAUCGAGGUUCACGCUCUAAGUCUAUCCUCGAGCCUGCUUCCGCAUCUGAAUUCGGAAGAUUGCGAUGAUGGAAGCCUCUACGUCGCUCAUGGUGUUCAACCGGUUGACCCCGAAUCAGAGUCCAGCGACCCUCAUGCGGUAUCUGAACACGACAUUGCGAACCAAACGUUAGAGAGCCAGCGCGCAUCUCAGGAGAUUGAAUGCUCGUUAGAUAUAAGUCAGAAUGAAUGGCCAGCUCACCGAAUCCUUCGGGCUGAAGUUUCAGAUCUGGUGCCCAAAAGUCGGCCAACGACUGAGAAAUUAACAAAUGACCUCGCCACAACGGCUCAUCCUCGGAGUCCCCUCGAAUAUCAGAACCUAUUCAAUUUCCUAUCCGGCACCACUCUGAAGGCGAUAUAA